CGACGACGACGACAACAACGGGGACGACGACGGUCUCGUCGCGACCUUGCCCGCGAAAGAUCGAUCCGACAGCAUGUCGCGGAUUAGAGUGAAACACCGAUGUUCUAGGACCGGUCCUGCCAACGUUCCACUAACUAAGAGUGCAGUUUAAACCUCUGAAAAAACAGUGGUUGAUAAACCUAUCGCUGCCCUGUUAUUUACGGAAGACUUUUAGAAAAAUACUCAACUUGUACCUAAACGUACUGAAAUUCAAUCGAGAUUACAAACUCAAGUAGUAACGCUUAACGAUAGUAGUAUUCGGCAUAAGUGAUAUUCAGUAGUGCUCAGUAGAAAAAAAAAAUAAUGCUUAUAAUCGAACAAACAAUCAACGAUCAAAUUUACAAAGUGCAACGAUUUUCACGAACAAUGUAAGAAUUAUAGAGAUUUGCUUUAAACAAAAAUAAAACGAAAUUAAGUCGCCACUUGAGUGUAAAUCACUGUUAUUAUGGAAAGUGAUUGUGAACUGGAAAACUUGGACUGCAGUGGAUAGAUAGUUUGGAUUUGAAAAAUGAUGAAAGUGAUACUUUCGUGUACAAUGUGAAGAUCUGACUCGUCUCAAAAAUGAGAUACUUAAAUCGCCAUCCUUAGCGCCAUGACCCAGAAACGGUUGUAAAAAUCGACGAACAUGUCGAUGGAUCUUGAUAGAUGAACAUUUAAUAUGAUAUUGCGACUUUCGGUUUGGGAUGGAAUUCAGUGAGCCUCCGGAUGAGGAGGUCUACCCAACGCUCAAGAUCAAUUUUUCCUCGAGCAUCGAGGGUUCCCUUCUUCGAAACAACCUGAGCAUUGCCGAGUCAAGAAACAUCACUCUAGUCGCCCUUAAGGGCGUGAUAAUGAUCAGCAUCAUCGUCACCGCGUUGUUAGGCAAUGCUCUGGUGAUCGCCAGCGUCAGAAGGCACCGGAAGCUACGGGUGCCCACCAAUCGCUAUGUGGUUUCCUUGGCAAUGGCGGAUCUCCUGGUGGCGGUGUGCGCCAUGACGUUCAACGCUUCCGUCGAGCUUUCCGGCGGUAAAUGGCUGCUGGGAAGUAUUAUGUGCGACGUGUGGAACUCGAUGGACGUUUAUUUCAGCACCGCCAGCAUCCUUCAUCUUUGUUGCAUCAGCGUCGAUAGGUAUUACGCGAUAGUCCGACCGCUCGAGUACCCGGCCAUUAUGAGGACUGUAACAGUUACUGCCAUGCUGAGUAGUGCUUGGUCUCUGCCGGCCCUGAUUAGCUUUAUACCUAUCUUUAUGGGCUGGUACACCACGCAGCAACACCUGGAUUACCGUCGGAAGAAUCCGCAGAGUUGCUCGUUCGUGGUGAACCGGCUGUACGCGGUGAUCAGUUCCUGCGUGUCCUUCUGGAUCCCGGGUGUCGUGAUGAUCAUCAUGUACUGCAAGAUUUACAAGGAGGCGGUCAGACAGAGAGCGGCCCUCAGUAGGGCGUCCAGUAGCACGGUGUUGAACAACGUUCACGUGCGUCGCUCCUCCGGCGGUUCCAGACACCAUUCUAGAACGUCGCAUCAGCUGCUGCUCCAUCCAAGCGACGCCAGCGAUUACGGAAGACCGCUCUCUUACAGAGCCUCAGCGGCGGAGCUCAACGUCGAGAACGGCACUUCGAUACGACAGCAAACAAAAAGUUGGCGAGCCGAACAUAAAGCUGCGAGAACACUCGGUAUAAUUAUGGGGGCAUUUCUUCUCUGUUGGCUGCCGUUCUUCAUCUGGUAUCUGACGACGUCAUUGUGCGGCGAGGCCUGUUAUUGCCCGGACACGGUGGUAUCGGUGCUUUUCUGGAUAGGUUACUUCAACAGCGCCCUGAAUCCACUCAUCUAUGCGUAUUUCAACCGCGACUUUCGUGACGCCUUCAAGGAUACCCUAAAGAGCGCCUUGCCCUGCUGCGCCGGCUGCUGGAAGACACCCUCGCAAUUCGUGUAGUUCGAUACAACUUCAAACAAUUCGUCUCUUUCCCCCCUCCUGAAAGGCGAGAUUCCCCUUUUUUUCUCGACGAAUUUUCAGCCAAAACGAAAUGAAUAGAGCCGCUUCGUUUCAGCGAUUUUUGACGCCAAUCGACGCUAUUCGCAAUUGACCCUUAUUGCUCGGAUAUAUUGACUUCACACAUCGCUUUUCCGUUAUCCGGUUAACUUGAUGCGUAGUGCACGAUGUUCAUCAUUACGUUGAUUGUCAAUCGUCACCUGUGAAAUACGCAUCUAAGCGUAAAUUGCGUUCUUUGCAUCUAAGAAUGUGUAAUAAUUUCAAUAUAUUAUGUAUUGUGUCAUUUUCAAAUAAUAUUCUAAAUAAUUUUAAACAAAAAGAAAAUAAAACACGCGCAACAAACAGGAUUAGAAAUUUUCAAUCUGAAAAAAUAUUUUAAAAUAGUUUUUAACAUAGAUGGUUUUUUAAAUAUAUAUGUGAAAAUUUAUGAUUU